GGGGACGUCGGCAAUAAAUUUAUCCUGAAGAACUUUUGAAAGGCAGCGAAGGGCCAGGCCGCUGCUCUGCCCGGAGUUGUAUUAAACCGCAGCACGCGGCUGCUCGUAGGAGAUGGUCUCUCAAAAGGAAGGCACGAUCCGGCAGGCUUUUUUUCUCUCUCUUGGCUGAUACGUAAGAAGAUAUACGUAAAGAAUGGAAAAGACAGCAAGUCACACACACAGUGCAGACGCCAGUCCGCAAGGCCACGAGUAUGUAGAUAGUCCGUCUGCGGCGGACUCGAGCCGGUCCUCGUGGGACUUGGAGAAGCAUAUGAACUCCGACGCGGCAAAGCUCGACGCGUGGAGCCCUGAGCAGGCCGGCGAGGGUGACGGAGAGUCGAGCGAUGGCGAGAGUACGGAGAAGUUCGAGGUCGGCUGGGACGGUGCUGAUGAUCCGCAAAAUCCAUAUAACUGGGGUGCUGCUCGGAGAUGGUUUAUAACUAUCGGAACAUGUCUAUGUGCAACCAACAUUGCCUGGUCGAGCUCAGUAUUCACAGCUACGUACGACGGUAUGGAGGCAGAAUUCGGCAACGCGCGUGAGAUCUCGAUCUUGACGCUCACGCUCUACGUAUUCGGCAUGGCCACCGGCCCUAUGGUCUACAGUCCUCUGUCGGAGUUCUACGGCCGCCGCAACAUCUACAUCAUCUCCUUCACCUUCUUUGUCUGCAUGGACCUCAUCGUCGCGUUCGGCAAGAACAUUGGUGCGAUUCUCGCGGGCAGAUUCUUGAGUGGUCUCGCCGGGAGCGCAUUUAUUGCGCUCGCGGGCGGCACGGUCAGUGAUUUGUUUCCAAAGAAGAGCUUGGGGUUGCCGAUGUCGUUUUACACCAUGGCGCCGUUGAUGGGACCGAGUCUGGGUCCUAUUACUGGAAAUUUCAUUUCCGCAAACGCGUACUGGCGAUGGGUUCCGCGAGUCAUGCUCUGCUUCACUGGUGGAUGCUUGAUCUUCAUCAUUCUGUUUGUUCCCGAGACAUUCGGCCCAGUCCUUCUCCGACGAAAAGCGCAAAAGCUGAGAAAGCAGAUCGGCGACGAGCGAUAUAAAGCGCCGAUCGAGCACCUGAGCAAGUCCGUGACCAAGACCGUCCUGCUGAGCUUGAAGCGACCGUUCCAGAUCAUGCUCGGCGACUCGAUGGUGUUCUUCCUUUGUCUGUACACCUCGAUCGGUCUGGGAAUCAACUAUCUUUUCUUUGACGCGUUCCCGCUCGUGUUUGAGAAUAACAAGGGUAUCAAGUCUGAGUUUAUCGGACUGACGUUCUUGGGCGUCUUGGUCGGUGUUAUCAUCGGAGUGAUUGCGCAGCAGUAUUGGACAAAGCUGUACGACCAACUGACUGCCAAGAACGGGGGUGUCCCGAAGCCGGAGUUCAGACUUCCUCAGCUGAUUGUCAGUUCGUUUGCUGUACCGAUCGGUCUGUUUGGCUUCGCAUUCACUACUUAUAAAUCAGUGCACUGGAUCGUUCCCAUCAUCCUCAGUUCGUUCUUUGGAUUUGGUCUGCAUUCUUUGCUUGCCGCUGUGUUUACCUACUUGGUCGAAGGAUAUCGUUUAUACGCGGCUUCAGUUCUUGCGGGAAAUAACUUCAUGAGAGGAUCAUUCGCAGCUGGAUUCCCGCUGUUUGGAAACCAAAUGUUUGAACGUCUGGGGUAUCAGUGGGCAGCAGCGCUCCUUGGGUUUAUCACCUUGGCAUGCAUUCCAUUCCCGAUCCUGUUUUACAAGCACGGCGAGAUUCUGAGAGCAAAGAGCAAGUACGGAUAUCUUGGAGGCGAUUCUCCGUAGAGUUCUGAUUUGAUUUGAUGUUGUUUUUGAUAUUCAAGACUGUUUUUGCAUUCACGCGCUUUAUGACUGGUUUCUUUGAUGAUUUGCAUAUGGAUAUUGUUUUUGAUAGUUUAAUGGAUGGUGUCAUAGAGAAGACCCUUAUGCAGUAACAGCAGUAACAACAGUAACAACAGUAACAACAGUAGUAACAGCCCUGAUAAACAACAGUCAGUAACAUACAAUCAAACACUCAAUCAAUGGUUGACUCAACAAUAUGACAAAUGACCAAUCCACAGUCAUCU